AUACCUAUCGAUGUUUCCGUCUACCAUAGCAGCAGCGGAUCGCCUUUAAAUUCAGCAAGUUGUUCUAUGUGCACUCAGAAAUUAAGCGUAAAAAAGGAGAUCAGCGGCGCAUAAUAACCUGGAAGCUAGCGCGAAUGCGACUUGGACUCUUUCAACAUCUUGGUUAGGUCUGCUAAAGAUCAGAAAUUGGUGCACAGCCAACAGCACCCAUCGACGACUCUGCGCACUGGAAAUGCACUAAAGAAAGUCCAAGAAGCAGACACAAGCAUUCUCCCUUUUAUAUAGACAGCAAAUGUUGAUAUUAUGUGCAGCUUUUGAUGGGAUAGAAGCAGCAUAAACGCAAUAAGCAAAAUGAAUGAACAAUCUUUUGGUAAUGUGGCUGAGGCUGUUGUAGAGGAGAAAGACAACGCAAACAACGCAGUCGGUGCCAAAGUGUGGACGUCGCUUACGCAGGAUUGCUGGAGAGUUUUAAUGGAUUAUCUGAAUGUAAAAGACCAGCUAAGGCUCGCUUCCUCAAACCUGUUUAUUGGAGAAGUGUUCAAGAGAUACGCCUGCCAUCGGUACAAACGUACUGAUAUAUCUCUCACGGGUUUGCUUAGCGAGGAAUAAGUGAACUAUUGCAGGUCGUUGGCGAGAAUCUGGUUAGCUAUGAGUCCGAAUAUCCGAAAAUCUAUGUGGAGGUGAGUCUCCUGCGGAACCACUGCCCAAACCUCCAAAACCUAAAAUUGAAUUACCACCUCUCUGGCCAGGAUGGCUCUAUUUAAGAAAAUUAAAGAAGCUCAAAUCUUUGGACGUUAGUCUGGUUCUUAUGUAUGACGACGAGGAUGACGAGGAAUUCUGUGCAGAUUUCGUUGACAAACUGAAGCAAUUUCCGUAUCUAAAGGAACUAAAGUUGAAGGCACAAUACAGCGGAACAGAAUCAACUGGAAUCUCUGGAGCUAGACAUCAAAAUCAAGUCUUCGCAGUUUUCGAUUUGGAUACGAUAUGGAAUACUUCACCAAAGACAAUAUCGAAAUGAUGGUUAAGCACUGUCAGCAGCUGGAACGUCUGUCCUUUAAUGUAGAGAAUCUCUACUUAACGGUGCCCUAUGACCUGAUCUGUCUGUUGCCCAGACUGAAACAUUUGGAGCUGUGGCAUGACGGUUCUAUAAGCGACUCGCUAAUCGAAGGGUUGAUCAACAAAAAGGGUUCUCCUCUGGAAAGUCUUAUCAUAGGCAGUGGUGGUUUGUUCGAGGAUCAGGUUAAGCAUAUUUGCAAUAUUUCAACCUUCUUCAACCUGAAGAACCUUCUAUACCUUCACAUACACAUGCCAGUUACGAAUGACCAGGCUAUGGACCUCCUAAAAGGGCUUCCGCGCCUGGAAGUUCUCAACUUACGAAAUAAUGAAAUGAUAGACCAUGACAACUUAGUGAAUAGUGUUCGAACCUGGAUGAGCGAACAGAGGGAGCAGCGCGGGAAGAUUAAAAUCUAUCUACAAAAUUCACCAAAAUACUUGCUUGAAAAUAAUUGUGAUGAUAUUGAACCGUUGAUUGAAAUCAUUAACGGCUUAUCUCUAAGAGAUCCCAUAUUAAUGAGUAAAAAACUUAGUGAACGAGUUUAGAAAUAAUAAAUCUACCCAUCCAGAUUUUCGUAAUUGUUG